AUGCGUCUCUCUCAAGUUUUGGUGGUUGCCGCGGCGUCCUUCCUCUUCGCAAGCGAGGCGAUCGCUGUGACCACGGAUUCCGUUCAGGCCAAGAUCACUACAGUGGCGCGCGGCGGCCCGAGCCAGCGACUUCUGAGGAGUUACAGCAAGCCUGCCGAGGAGAAUGACUCCGCUGAUUCUGAGAAAUGGGGCUUCACGACCGAGGAGCUGGAUGAUGACUCGGAGGAACGCGGUUUGACAUCGGGACAAAUCGAGAGCCUUACCAAACUGGCCAAUAAGUGGGGCCACAGCUACGAUGAUCUAGUUAACGGUGUCGUAAGGCUCUCAGAGAAAAAACAGCAGAAAUGGAUUGACCGCGUCAACGCAUACAUCAAGGAAAACAAAAAGGCUCAGCGGGAGGCGUACAACGCGGCGUGGCGCGCGGAGCACGGCUACUAA